UAUAUCAUUGUUAUUUUUAGAGCAGGAAGUCAUCGGUAAACCUAAACAGUAAGAAAAUUUCCCGAUCACUGUCAAAUAUUUUGCAAGAAACGCAGUUAUUGUCUUCAUCAUUACAGAAACAGCAAAAUAUGCGGCAUUAAUAAAAAAGAAACGAGAAAUGGAUAAAAAGAUGUCAAUAUUUAGUGAUUGUCAGAUAGUCCUGGACUUGACUACCAGUGUCAACUUUAAGAAAAAGACAGAAAUCAGGAAAAUUAUCACUAAUAAUGGAGGAGUUAUAUCCUAUAUUGUCACUAAAAAGAGUACACAUGUUGUAUGUAAUGACCCAGAAAAGGCUGAUAUCAGUUACAAAUGUAAAAUGGCCACAAAGUAUGGAUUACCAGUGGUGUCACUUGAUUAUAUCCAUGACUGUGUAGACCAGGGGAGAUUACUCAAUACAGAUAAUUACAUCCUGGUUGGAAAAACAAAGUCACAAGAAUUCAGCUCAGGAAAGAUAACAGCCUCGAAAUAUCAGAGCAAAGAACCCAAGAAGAAGAAAUUUAAAAUUGACCCUAAGAAUGUUAAAGUUUGGAAGACAGAAGAUAAAAAUGCCCCAGAGUACAAUGAAAAAGACUAUGAAGUGGCCAAGUAUGCCAUAUUUCAGAAAUAUGACAAGUUAAAAGAGACGACACUGUUUUAUAAUUUGGAGAUACAUGUAGCUGAUCCUGUAGAUUUAAACAGAUCAGACUGUUAUAGAUUUAGAGUAUUUUCACACCAUGGUUCUACAGCUGAGAUUGAGAGAGGUGUUACAGAAUGUCGGUAUGUAGCCACAUCAGAUGAUGCCCUACAUGUGUAUACCUAUUUACAUACUGAACAAACUCGACCUCCAUACAACAUGGAUAUUAUAUACCAACCCUUGUCAAGAAAAAUAGGUUCUACAAACUUUCAAAAGAUGGUAGAAAUUUAUGGUAUGGACAGUCGUCCCUUGUCACCAUCAACUGUAGAGUUAAUUGAACAUAUUUGGAAAGAGGCUACAGGUGAAAUAGAACAGGUGAUAAGUGUACCAUUACAGAGCAUCAAGUUAGAACAGAUAGAGAAAGCAGAAGCUAUUCUGUUGAUGAUAAAGGAUUGUAAGGAUGACUCAAGAGUAGUAAAAUUGUUUGAAGAAUUUUAUGAAGCAUUACCACACAAAAACAAAAAUCAACCUGUCAGUUCACAGAGGAGAUCAUGGCUAUCAAAGAAACAAGAUAUAUGUCAGAUGAUUAAAGAUAUGGUGGCUGUGAGUGAGUCUACAAACUGGUCGACUAGAAGUAGUACAGAGGCCAAGUAUAAAGCAUUACGAUGUAGACUGGAUGGUUUAGAGAUUACAGAUACAGAAUAUAAACAGAUCAAGGAGCACAUUAUACAGUCUCUAAAACAAGGAAGCCCUGAGAUCAACAUUAGUAAUGUUUUCUGUGUUCAUCGACAAGUAGAAGAAGACAAUUUUAGGAAAGACUUGAGACCUCAGAAAUUGUUGUUUCAUGCAUCAAAAGUACAGAACUUUGUAGGAAUAUUAUCAAGGGGUUUACUUUUGCCUAAAAUAAUUGUUGAUGAUUUUGGCGGAACAAGAACAGAUGCAGGAAUGCUGGGAAAUGGUGUCUACUUUGCCAGCUCUGCGAGUACUAGUAUACAAUACUCAGACCAAAGUAAAUGUAAGGGAACCAGAAUGAUGCUAGUCAGUAAUGUUGCCCUUGGCAACUGUAAAGAUUUCACUGAAUACCACAAAGAUCUACAGGGGCCUCCAGAGGGGUAUGAAAGCUGUCAUGGUGUAGCGUCAUCAGAAGAUCAACCUUCAGAAUUCAAGGAUGAUGAAUAUGUAAUUUACAAUACAAACCAGCAAAUCGUAGAGUACUUAGUGGAGUUUUCUAUGGAAGGGGAUAUCAAACAAUCGUUUAACAUAGAAUCAAUGUCCACCAUGGAAGAAGAUGUAGAUUUAGAUGUUAACCAGCAAAUUGACUUAAAAGAUGUUUCUGGAAUAAAGAAUCCGAUGGACAAAGUAGAACCAGGAUUGGUAUCUACCUCAGGAGAAUCAUGUGUUUUGAAAUCAGUCCAUAUCAGAGCUCAGCUAAUGGACUUGGCCUCAAAGGUUGUAGUGCUACAAGAGUACCACAACACUAGUACCUCUACUCUCGAAGCUAAGUAUGUGUUCCCAUUAGAUGAUAUGGCUGCUGUUUGUGGAUUUGAAGCUUUUAUUAACGGUAAACAUAUCGUGGGAGAAGUAAAGGAGAAGGAGACCGCUCACAAGGAAUACAAGAAGGCAAUAAGUGAAGGACAUGGAGCCUAUCUCAUGGAUCAGGAUGAAGAAACUCCGGAUGUAUUUACUGUCAGUGUCGGUAAUUUGCCACCAGGGUGUGUGGCCCUUAUCAAGAUAACUUAUGUAUCAGAAUUACAAGUAGAAGGAGAAUUGAUUAACUUCACAAUUCCUGGAUCUGUGGCUCCUUGGAAACAGGAAGCCAGUAAUACUGAGGGUGAUGACAGCUGUACCAUCAAAGUGUCAAUACAGAUGCCAUUUGAUAUCAGAACAGUAACAUGUCCAACUCAUAAAAUUAUGAAAAAGAGUACAGCUACAAGAUGUACAGUUUCAAUGACAGAAGGACAGACUAUUUCCGAUGGAUUUCAAUUGCUGAUAGGACUGGCUGAGAUACAUGUACCAAGGAUGUGGGUCGAGGUAGAUAAUGAAGGCAAACAAACUGAGGCAGCCAUGUUGACAUUUUAUCCAGAAUUUGAAGCGGCAGAAGACAACGAAACAGAAAUAAUACUUGUCCUUGACCUUUCAAAUUCAAUGAAGGGGAAAGCUUUGUUAGAAGCCAAGAAAAUUUUGCUGCUAACACUGAAUCAUCUGUCAGCACAUACUCUGUUUAACAUUGUAUUAUUUGGCACAUGUUACAGAGAAUUAUUUCCUACAGGCCAGAAAAAGUCCAAGUCAACUCUGAAAAUUGCUGAGCAAUUUGUUAAGGAUAUCCAAGCCAACAUGGGUAGCACAGAGGUAUAUCGUCCCCUCCACAGUUUCUUCCUUCUUAAGCCAGAGAACUCAUUAAGAAAUGUCUUUAUAUUAUCUGACGGCCAUAUUAACAAUGAGGAGACGACUCUUAAAGCUGUUCGUGACAACUGUCAACACACAAGGAUCUUUACAUUCGGUGUCAGUGCCAUUGCUAACAAACAUGUGCUGAAGGCUAUGUCCAGACUUGGAGCAGGUUCUUUUGAAUAUUUUGAUUCUCAAUCAAAGUCAAAGUGGGAAAACAAGGUAAAAUCCCAAAUUCAGAAGACCUCUCAGCCAGUGUUGACCUCUGUAUCAGUUGCUUGGCAACAGUUUGAUACUCCGCCUCCAGUUCAAGCUCCACAACAAAUCACAGCUCUGUUUAAUGGCUCCAGACUUGUGGUAUAUGGAUUUGUCAGCAAUUGUAAAAUGGCUACUUUAAAGGCAGAGAUUGGUGGCCAAGAAAUAUCUACUGUUGUCUCUACGUCGGAGCUCAGUACUACUCAAGGACAGAAUCUUCACAGACUGACUGCUAAAGCAAUAAUCAGAGACUGGGAAGAUGGAGUACUCUCCCCUGAUAGUAUUGACCAUCAGUUGAAGAAGAUGGACAUGAAAGACUAUAUAAUAGAACUGAGUAAGAAAUACUCUAUAGUCACUCAGCUGACAAGUUUUAUAGCCGUGGAGAAAAGAGAAAAGGAUGAAGUGCUUCAUGCUGAUGGACCAUCAAUACUGGAAUUGGUUUCUGAUGAAGAUGUGGAUACUUUGCAGUAUUUAGGAUGGGAAGGGGAAGUGGAACAUUCUUAUUAUGAAAUUGGCGACAUGGAAGUGGAAGAGACUUAUGAUGAAGUUGUCGACAUGGAUAUGGAAGAUACUGAUGAAGAAGUUGUCUACAUGGAUAGGAAAGAUUCUUACAACAAACGUUAUGGCGCAGAUAUGGAAGAAGCCGCUCCAAUGCAUGAUCUUUAUUUAUGUGAUGAUGGCACUGAUAGGCUAACAUUUGGGACAGUAGAAAAGCAAAGUGCCACCAGGUUGGAUGAUUCAGACGAAGAUUCUAAUGAAUUAUUAGACUAUGGUUCUUCAUAUUCAUCAAGUGAGGAUUUUGAGGAAGAUGGAAUUAUUGCAGAAGCCACGAGUAUGAUUUCUGAGGAAGGCCAAUAUAAUUCAAGCUCUGAUGAAGAAAUGCAGACUUUAGUAUUAGAUGCUGGAUCAUUCAUGAUGAAGGCAGGAUUUGCCGGAGAUGAUCAUCCUAGAGCUAACUUCCCCACAGCUGUAGGUAGACCUAGACAUCAAGGGGUGAUGGUUGGAAUGGGACAGAAGGAUGCAUAUGUUGGAUUUGAAGCCUGUGGAAAAUCAGCUCAAGGAAAAGAGGUUGAAAAGAAAAAGAGAGAAGAAAAGCAGAUAGAUGACAUCUUGAUGAAAUAUAGCAGGUCUCCAACCUCAUCUUAUGAUGUAGAUACAAUAGAAUCUUCCAAUGAAGAAACAGUACCUGAUGUACAUCGAAAAGUAAGAGGAAUGAUUACAGGUGAACCACAAUCCUCACCAUAUCCAUCAAACAUGUUAUUUUUAGGUUCACCAAGAAAAAUACCACCAACACAAUCAGUUGCACCACCACCAAUGGGAUCCCAAAGGUUUUCUGAUUGUUUAUCAAAAGUAAUACAACCAGUUACAUCAACACUUCUGUCAGAAGAAGUGGAAGUUAAAGCAUCAACAUUUCAUUCAAAAAGGAUAUCUUAUGAUCCACUAGGAGGAAUGCCACCUUCACAACCACCAAGAGGAAUGCCAUCUUCACAACCACCAAGAGGAAUGCCACCUCCACAACCACUUGGAGGAAUGCCACCUCCACCACCACCAAGAGGAAAACAUGUUGAUGUGUCUUCAUCAGUAAUACCACCUGAUCCAUCAAUACAAUUUUACAUUCCAAUGUCUCCUGCACAAGCAAUUCCAGAAGAUACAGUUUAUGAUGCUUUUCCACCUCCUCCACCCCCUCUACAAUCAACAGGAGGAAUGCCACCUCCAGGGCCCCUACAAUCAAGAGGAAUGCCACCUCCAGGGUCCCUACUAUUAACAGAAAUGCCACCUCCAGCACACCUACAACCAAGAGGAAUACUACCUUCAUUUCAAUCAAAAGGAAUGCCACCUUCAGCACAUCUACAAUCAAAAGGAAUGCCACCUCCAGUGCCACUGCAAUCAAAAGGGGUGCCACCUCCAGCGCCCCUACAAUCAAGAGGAAUGCCACCUCCAGCGCACCAACAAUCAAGAGGAAUGCCACCUCCAGCACACCUACAACCAAGAGGAAUACUACCUUCAUUUCAAUCAAGAGGAAUGCCACCUCCAGCGCCCCUACAAUCAAGAGGAAUGCCACCUCCAGCGCACCAACAAUCAAGAGGAAUGCCACCUCCAGCACCUCUACAAUCAAGAGAAAUGCCACCGCAUCUUUUCUCAACAAAAGGAAUGCCACCACUUCCACCGCCUUUGUCAUCACUAGGAAUGCCAGUUAUGAGCUCAGCAUCAGAAAUGCCACCACUGCAUCAAAAGGGAAAACCACAACCACUGUUACAGUCAUCCAAACAAAUGGACUCUUCAAUGAUUGGUGCACCACCACCUCCACUACUAGAAGAAUUAAACGAUAUGCUACCGGAACGAAGAUAUGGUCCUCCAGGGGGAAUACCACCACCGCCACCACCACCAACAGGAUUACCAAUUCCAAAAACACCAUUUGGUGUGGGGGGACUGUAUGUUCCACCACAGGGACCACGAGAACCACCUCCAUCAUCAAUACAAAUGCAACCUUCCCCACAACAAAUGUCAAAGAGUAGGUCUUUUCAACCAAAACAAAAUCAACCCAUUUCAUCAUCAUCACCAAGAGCACAAUUACUUUCAGACAUUUCAGCUGCAACUUCAGCUAAAAAAAUGAGUGGUUUAACUGCUCCUGGAGGAUCAGCUCGUGUUUUCGGGAGUAUAACAAAAUCACUAUCAAUAAUUGAGAAGGAUAUACCUAGCCUGUUAGAUUCUGCUAUACCAGAAAGAAAAUACCAUAGGCUAGGGAUGAAUUCUGUAAUAAAACAACAUGCAAUAGCAAGUGAAUACAAAAGGGAAAUGCCUCUCACUAAAGACAACCAAGAUACGUUUGUCUACAAGGAGAAGCAGAGGGCAACUUCAUCACAUUUUGGUUCAUUUAAUUUGGAAGAGAAAUCCACAGAUCUAGAACAGCCGAUAUAUUUUGGUUCCUUUGGUUUGCAAGAGAAAUCCACAGAACAGCCAGCAUAUGAAUGUAGUGUAAAAUCUACCAAAAUUCUUGACCAGUACACUGACAUGACUAGACCUGAUAGCAUUCAAAAACAAAGUAAUACUGAAGAAUUAAUGGUUGAUUCCCAUUUUGCUUCAGUAUUUGAUGAUCUAAGGCUUAAUCUAAGGUCUAGAAAGUCUAAAAAGAGGAUGGGUAAGGCAUUGCAAGUUGAUGAAGAUGAUGAUGAUGGUGAUGGUGAUGAUAACAGAGGAAUGAUGACAAAGACUAGUACAAUGGGGAGAAAAAUGACAAUGAGGACAACAUCAGAACCAGAUGCUCCAGCACCGCCCCCUCCCAGGGGUAAGGGGAGACAACCCCCAAAGGCUGUAAAGAAGGUAGAGGAAACCCCAGCUCCUGUACCUCCUCCUCCUAGAGGGGGCAGAAGACCUCCUCCAGAACCCACGUUGGAGUAUGAGGUACCAGAGGAAAUAUUGAAAGGAGAAAUGCCACAGGAUGACUAUAUGACAAUGCAAGCUUCAGUGUCAUCUGGAUCAGAAACAGUUGGGCAACAAGGUCCUUCAACGGAUUUGGCUGAUUAUGGAAUCGGCUCAACUAUAAAACCAGUGAAGACAGGAGGAAGAGUCAAUAUUCAUAGUAUAAAUAAAAUAUUUGCUAUUCAAGAAGAGGAUGGUAGUUGGAAGUUUUCUCAAGAGUUAUGUACCUUACUUGGCAUAGAAUAUGAUGCUUGCAUGACAAUACUCAAAGAGGCCGGGAUAAAAUCAUUAGCUUUGAAAAUACAAGAAGAAAUUAUGAUAUUACUUGCCACAUCUUUAACACUUCUGGUGAUUAUCCAGCUGAUAACUCCUGACUUUGUAUCUGACCACAUACUGGAACAGUCGUGGCAGCAACAGCUAACACAAUGGUUGUCCAAUAGUACUAAAAGACCAAUCACAAGGCAGAUAUGUUUUAAGACCCCAACUGAUUUGUUAAAAAUGGUUGACUUCUAUCAGCAAAAAGAGGCUGAAUACAAAUGGACCUCAGACAUGUUAGAAUUGGGCCACUGUUGGGGCCAGGUUGCUGCUAAAAUGUUAAAUGUAGUUUAGGGCUAAUUGUUGAAAAAUGAGCCACUAUCAAAUAUUGUUUUUAUAUACAUGGGCCUUAAGAUUUUUUAUGAUAAUGGAGUAAAAUAUAGCAAAUACAUUCAUAAAACUCGUGAUUUUUGUUUCAUCAAAUAUUAACCAAAUUUUAGCAAGUUGAUUGCAAUUUAUUUGUUAUUGAUUGAGUGAUUUUGAUGAUGUUUUUUAAUAAAGAAAAACCAAAUGUAAAUAAUAAUUUAACAUACUUGUUUUGCCUUUAUCUCAAGGUAAAAUCUGGUUUAUGCUAAUAAAUAUGACUUGAAUUUGUUUUUUUCUCUUCUGCUUCUAAAAGAUUUAAAUAAACAAUAUGACUAGCUAUUAAAAAUGUAGCAUUUACAUUGUCUAUGAUAAUAGUUAUUCAUUGCAAAUAUACUGGUUACCAUGGAAAUAGAAAUCUAUGUUCUUUAAAUGUUGUUUACAAAAUAUUCAUGUAUUUAAUUUUUUUCUGUAUUUAUGAUUUUUUUGCAUCUCAUUAAAUCCAAAUAAAGGAAUAAAUAAAAGUUAACAUUUCAUGAAAUGUACAUUAUGUUGAAAUUAAAGGUUUUUUUCUUCAUUAGAUUUUAAUUAAUCUGAGAGAAAAAAAUUAGUUCC